GCAGCUCCCCUCUGGGACCAAGUUGAAUACAAGAACCUCCGUUUCAGCUCGGGCCCCUGGGUGAAGACUCCGUACAAGGGCGCGCCAACCCCCGCGAUCGAUGAGGCGUGGAACGCCAUCGUGCCGCUGUACCUCAUCCGCAUCCCGGCCGCUGCCAUCCCGCACCUCAACAAGUCCGCCACCGCCGCGACCUUCCCGGGCUCGAGCGACUAUCUGGGCACCGUCGAUGCGUUCCACCAGCUGCACUGUGUCAACCUGGUUAGGAAGUACACCUACGCCGAUUACUAUAAGGACAUUGAUAUCGCGUGGAGGGAUCCGCCCGACAUGUUGAGGACUCAUGUCGACCAUUGCAUCGAUGUGCUCAGGCAGAAGAUCAUGUGCGACGCCGACGUCUCGGUGAUCACCUACUCCUGGGUCGAGGGCCGCGAGCACGUCCUCCCCGACUUCUCGAACACACACCGGUGCAGAAACUUCGACAAGGUGCGGGACUGGGUUCUGGAAAACAAGAUGGAUAUGGGCUCGAGGGAAAUCACCAAGAGUAAGGAGGCGGUCAGUGUGCCUACCGAGGCGCUCUGA